AAUGUCACCAGCGCGCGUAGUCGGGACCGGAGCCUGUGAUAAGUCUCUCUGUUCCUGUCAAAAACACAGCUGAGCGAUGACUCAAUUGUCAGCGGCUGUGAAAUAGAUCCAGUUGUUGCUAUAUGCCCCAUUUCAUCUGGAGGAGAUUUGUCGAGUAAAACAAAUGAGAUAUUCAUCUCGAGCGGAUCGUAUAUCAAACAGACUGGGAAGUAUUGAUUUAUACCAUCUUGGACUAGUCCUCGGACGGAAUAUUCCUAUAUCUAGAUUCUACAGGAAGACUGUUUUGAUGUCUGCGCGGCGGAAGUCUUUAUGGCUGUGUGGACACGUCACUCUGGGCUACGGGCUCUUUCUCCUGGUCGUCCUUCCAGACCUCACCACAGGCAGGCAAGGGAACUGCAGCCACCCUCUGGUGCCAGAACAUGGGGGCUUCCGCUGCGAGCCCUCCCCCUGCCGAGGAUUCCCCCAGAAGAGCUUGAUCUACUACUUCUGUGAGCCCGGUUACACCAUCCCAAAAGAGGUGCACAGCUCGCGCUGCCGCCACGGCAAAUGGAUCCCCAGCGUGCCCACCUGUCUGUCCACACCAGACAGACAUGUUAACUAUGAGGACCAGGUGGCCCACUCACUCCCCAACGUUGCCACGACGGCGGUGGGCGUGUCCAUAUUCCUUCUCACCACCACGGCCUGCUUGGUGAUCAAGUCCCGCCUUUUUCCCUGUCACUCACACAGCAGGUGCUCCUCUGACCAGAUGGAUCUGAUGGUGGAUGGCCUGCCUGUGUCUCUGCCCACAUAUGAGGAGGCUGUCUACGGGAGCUGGGGGCAACACCUGCCCCCCUGCAGAGGGCCCACCCAGCUCCUAUUGGCCCAGGAGGCUCCAGGUCCAUCAUUAGCUCACAACCAAUCAGAUUCAAGUCACCUUAUCCAUCAAUCCAAUCAAAGCCCCGAGAUCCUUCCGCCCCCUUACGAGGAGAUCCAAUCCCGUCCCAGAGAGAGUCAGAGUGAGGUGGACGUUCAAGCCAUACAAGUUGCACUUCCCGAUGACAAGGACAUUUGAGUGACUGGCGUAUUUGUGUUACCCACCAAUGAUGUACUGACUUGUAAAAUCAUGUGCUCAGGCACUUAUAUGGAUUCAAGCCUACCAGCAUGGAUCAACUUUCUUUUCAGGUUUUAACCUUAUACAUAGCACACCAGUUCUGAUUGGCUGUUUGUAAUGUUAUGAGACGUAUCCUGCCAUGGAGACAUGGUUUAUAUCCCAUCAGUGAUGGGACCUGAGCCUCGUUUGUUGAGGUGACUUUGGUAAUGCCAUUACUGUUACAUCACAGGGACCUGCGCGUCCUUCUUGUUGGUUUAUGAUUUGCGAUGAUCGCAGAGUUGUAGCGUCGAUAUAGAAACCAGCAGACCGACCCUGUUCCCGCCUUGCACCUCUCCCCUAUCUGCUUUGAAUUAUUGACCAGAGUUUGGGGAGGGUUGGGGGUAGAAACCCCCAGGAUGUAAUUAUUCGUUAUAGACAUUGAAUGUAGUUGUUUUUCUUUUCAAUAGAAAAAAAUGUAAUGUAUGUAUGUAUGUAAUGUAACAUUUACAUAAUAUUGCAAUUAUUGCAUUGCGCAUAAGAUUAAACGUCAACAUUGUUUCUAA